CGCUCGCAAUCUCCAGAAGAAACCCUCCCUUAUCUCGAAUCCGCCGCUCGCAAGCUCUCUUCUUCUUCUUCCUCAGUCUCACCGAGCCUGAAACCUCGAUCAUUCGUUCCUUUGCGGUCCUCUAGAAACAACCCCGUCGUCUUCCUCUCCGAUCCAUUCGUUCGUCGCCCUUUGGUCUUCCUCUCUAAGCUCCAAAAACCCAGCGCCCAUUCCUUCUUCGCCCCUCCAGAAACCGCGCAGCGUGAUGAUCAUCAUUGUAAGUUUACGCUCUCCACAACUGUAUAGUCCCUCUUUCAUUCUAUAAAAACCAACGACCCCUUUUAGAAAGCCGCUAUGUUCUCAAAUUCCCGCCGGCUCUGCCACUACUCACUUCAAUGGGCACAGCUGAAAACCCACAACCCAUUUCUCGAUUCGUGUAGAUUCCGCCAUUUCAACACAAAGUCAGCUACUUUACCACCAAAAGCCCCCCACAAUACCCCCACAGUGGCAAUUUUCUGGGAUUUGGAUAACAAGCCCCCAAACUCGAUUCCUCCAUUUGAGGCAGCCAUGAAGCUCAAAAGGGCAGCUUCCUCAUUCGGGGUAGUUCAACACACGGUGGCUUACGCCAAUCGGCACGCCUUUAGUUAUGUGCCACAAGCUGUGAGAGAGCAGAGGAAGGAUAGGAAGUUGCUGAACCAGUUAGAAAACAAGGGCGUCAUUAAGCCAGUAGAGCCCUAUGUCUGCAAGGUUUGCGGGAGAAAGUUCUACAACAACGAGAAGAUGGUCAAUCACUUCAAACAGAUCCACGAGAGGGAGCAUCAGAAGAGAGUGAACCAGAUCGAAUCGGCUCGAGGGAAGAGGAGGGUGAAUUUGGUUGGGAAGUAUGCUAUGAAGAUGCAGAAGUACAGGAAUGCUUCGAGGGAUGUUUUGACUCCGAAAACUGGGUAUGGGUUGGCAGAUGAACUGAAAAGAGCAGGGUUUUGGGUUGGGACUGUUUCAAACAAACCACAGGCAGCUGAUGUGGCGUUGAAGGAGCAUAUGGUCGAUGUGAUGGACAAGAAGAAGGCCGAGUGUGUUGUUCUUGUCUCAGAUGAUUCGGAUUUCGUUGGUGUAGUUAAGGAGGCGAAGUCAAGGUGUUUGAAGACCGUCGUUGUUGGCAAUUUGGAGCACGGGGCGUUGAAGAGGGUUGCUGAUGCAGGGUUUUCUUGGCAGGAGGUUUUGAUGGGGAAGGCUAAGAAGGAAGCCAUCUCAGUUGUGGAGAAAUGGAGCGACCGUGAGAUUUUGGAGAGGUUGGAGUGGAGGUUUGAUCCGGAGAAGGAGAGAGACGCUUAUGCUGCUGUGGAUGCAUUCUACAAUGAGACUGCAAGCGGUGGAGAAUUUGAUGAUGAUAGUGUCUUUGGUGGAGGUUAUGAAAUGGGUGGUGGUGUUGUGGAGAGGGAAGAUUCUGGUUCUUGGUGGGAGCUGGAUUCUGAUGAGGCUGUCUCUUAGCAGAAUACCAUGGUAAUUCUAAACGCUAGGAUUUUCCAUAUCCCAUUUGGUUUCGACUUUCUGUAGGGGUUCUGCCAACAUCAUUUGUGGUCAGCUGGACUAAUGGGAGAGAACAAAUGUAUGAGUGGACGAUUGUUUCCAUUCUGUUAACUUGCUGUUGGAUCCUUUGAUAGGGAGAUGCUUGAGAUUCGUUUAGAAUGAAGGAUUGAAGUAGCAAAAGUUGAAUUUGAUUGAUUUUCACCGAGAGAUUGAAAUGGGGAGUGGAUGGUGUUGAUCUGCAAGCUCGGAAGCACACAGGAUGGUAAAUGCCAAAUAUGAGUUCCCUACUACUUCCUAUGCAAACUACAGAGUUCUACACUCUGUAGGUUUCUUCUGCAGUUGGAUUAGCCUCAGGUUGUUCAGGUUUUGCUCGAACUGAUAUCCUCUGUGGGAAAUCACCUAUAGGCUAUAUCACCAUGGAAAAGGAAAAGUGAGUGAGUUAUUCGACAAGGAACAAGAAUCAGACUGAAUGUCAUAAGAGGGUGGCCAAUGGAAGAGAGGCAGCUAGCUAGCUUUACUGCUAAACAGGGAAACCAAAUUGCAACGGAAGAUGCGCACUUCAACAACUGAGCACUGUAUGACUGAAAGGGAAAGACGUAUUACCAAAGACUACGUGCCAAGUGCGGAGUGCCAACCACUACAGAAGAAGAACCAUCGUUUUUUUGUAACUUAUCAGGAAUUAGCCUCCAACCUUUUUGCUUUCUUUAAAAAAGUGGAUUCUGCUUUCUUUCUUGAGGUGGCCACUCGCUUGCAGCUACGGUGUAUCCUAGAUUUCGAAUGGAUAUAGAAUGUUACAGUGACAUUCUUUGUUUUUUUCUAUGUUUGUCAAUCCAAUUUUUGGAUGCGCUUUUCUCACGUCUA